AUGGGCUGCGAAAAAUUUCAACUGACGAAGAUCACCGUGAGCAGACCAGGACUGAGACUGCCAAGCAGAAAACCAGCACUAUCAGCUUGCUGUGCCACUUUGUUUCUAAUACCUCUCCAUUCCCUCUCUCUUUCUCUCUUUCCCUCUUUCUCUCUGUCACUCUUUCUCUCUCUCUCUCUCUCUCACUUGCUGUCCCUUCUUCCACAGGCACCCUCUCUGCUUGCACCAUCUCCAUCUCCACCGCAGCCUGUAUGCAGCCCCCAGAUCACCCAAGAAUGUUUCACCGAUCCACUUCUACUUAGCCGUGUUUCAGAACCUGUCCCAUCUCAGCACCCCUUGGCUUCCUACCAACCUUAUUUUCUCACCACUUCCCCUACACCGUUCCCUCGCACCCAUCACCUCGCGCUUCCUACUCCCACCUCUCGUCCUCUCACCACCUCUCACCAUCUCUUUCCUUCCUACCACCUCUUCCCUUACUCCGCGUUCUGCUCACCUCCCAUCCUGACUCGUCCUUGA